CGUCGACGUCGACGAGUCCCUAAAAAAAUUUGUUCCUUGGCGUCCACAACAUCUAGGAGCACUUGCAUAUUGUGCCUACUUGAAUUUUUUUAUCUUCUUGGCUUCCCUGCACCAAGUUGCGAUACAGGGAUGGCCGCCCCCGACGUCCACGCCGACCUGCGGCGUCAAUUCCAGGAAUUACAGCACACAUACGACUCGAUGCUUUCAUGGGAACCGGAUAUCCCCAAACCCCCGCUCAUCGACUCAUUUGUUGAUAGUACACCUAGCCAUCGGGACAAUUUACCCGGUCAUCGUGCAUUCUUUGAGGCUGUAGAACGGGAUCUUGAUGUGAUGGAAAAGUUCCUCACCGACCCCAAAUCCGAUUCUAGACCUCCACUAUCCACGAAUGCGCUCUACCUCAUCUCAGUGUGGCAGGAACUCUUACUUGCACCACCGCCCGCCAUCGCUAUUGCGAAGAAUUUCCAUCACCGUGCUCAAAACCUUGACAAGCCUUCGCUAUUCGAUCCAAGUUCGAGUACGGGCAAGCAGGUGCCAGUAAAGAUCGAUGUUGUGGCGGAUAAUGGAAGGACUUGGAUUCGUGUAAAUACGACCAAAAACGCCCGCCUCCUCACCGAAUUCCGAGAAAUCGACUCCUACUUCACCGACUCCGAAUCCGACUCUGACGUUUCCGACCCAGGCGCCCGUCCCAGCCUCGCACAAAAAGAGUUUGACAACUCCAUCCUUCGUCAAGCCCGUGCUUUACUCGCUGCUGCCACACAGAAUCCACUGCCAUUCACAUCUGGCGCAUCUUCAAAUCUCAAUGCAGGCUCUUCUUUUUCACGGCCAAAGGUCAUCUUCCGCUUGACGAGACUAGACCCGAAUUCGCCUGAACCGAGGGAUAAUGAUCCUCGAAUAGCACUCACGAUACGUAUGCUGGAGGAGAUGGGCAUCGAAGUUCAGCUCGGUCAACGGCCUUCACCCCUCUCACUAGCUCCGUCCACGCACGCCACACGUCCAUCGCGCAUCCCGAAGGUGUUCAAACCAACUCGCCAGAUCAACCUCGAUUUAUCGGUGCUUAUCGCAUUGGUCUCAGACCUAACGCAUGCACCGCUACCUUUGACCGAGGCAGAAGCAGAAGAGCGAUUCGUACCCUCCAAGACGUACCUGGAGUGGAAGAAAUCGAGGCUUAGGGCAAAGAUUCAUGCAGACAAGCCGAAGAAUAAGGAACGCGUCGCCUCUCCGUCUCCUUCUGGAAACGGCGCCAGAAUAGAUGGAGAUGAUGGAGAGGGCGAGAGCGAAAAUGAGGCGGAUGCGAAUGGAGGAAACUGGAAGCAUUUGAGGGCGCUCGCGGAGCAAUUAAAGCAGGAGAUGAAGAAGGGGUUGUUGGAGGAGAUGAAAGAUCGGCUGAGCGAUCCUUUCGUUGCUACGUCGUCUCCUCCGAGCUCUUGUUCCACCGAGGAGAAUGAAGCGCAUUUGGAUGUAGCAUUCUGGACGACGCCAGAGGCAAGGGACCGUUUUUUACGCAUCGUAUCCAAGAUAGGAGGACUAAAGGAGAAGAGGAGGGCUCAUGCCCUGUUUGACUCGUCGUCAUCGCCGUCAUCUUUAUCCGGCUGUGACGCUGAAGAAGUGUAUUGGCAAGACUCGCGCUACCCUCGGAACUACAUUCCUCUGUACCCAAUACACGUCUUCCCCGUAUCCAAUCCAGCUGAGUCUAAACUUCAGUCCACAGAGUCAGUAGACGGAAGGGCGCCCUUUUUCCGUGCAUUGGAGAAAACGUGCAGGUCGCUACUGGCUGAACAGACGGCUCCUCAUCCUAAAACACUACCUCGGCCCUUCGUCUCCGACUCCGGACUCUCGACGCCCACCGUCGAAACAAGCACCUCGGCUCUCACUACUCCCACCACAGCUCCAGGAGAUGUCGAUCCCGGAGAUGAAAAUGGACUCGGUGGAGACGAAAUACAACGCGCGUCGGUUAUGAAAGCCAACCCUAAACUCACUGCUCAUACAGUGCUGAGUAUGCUCUGGGGUGCUGUCAGCGACGAAGGGUAUGGGUGGACGACUAUUACGGCAAACAAGGCAAGUGUGAGGGCUAUGAUUAGGGAGAUGAAGGGCAGGUCGGGUGUGGUCCCCGGUGGAGACUGGAUGGGUGGCGCAGGCGAAGAGAAUGCCUCAGUCAACAGAACGGAGAAAGAUGUUGCGGGCAGCGAGGGAUACCAGAAGGGGGCGGUGGUUGGGAGGGCGGCGAUAUGGACUGUUGAUCCUAGGAGUUUGGCGGAAGGGAUGAGGAGCGAUUACACUCCGUGAUUGCUCAAUGUCUUUGAAGACGAAGUGCUAAUGGGAUAUAGGAACGCACCAAUGUUGUAUGUACUCUUUCUGUAUCUUCGAAGUAGAGGAGGGACCCUGAAAAAAGUCCGU